GUGACGGGGCGCCGGUCCAGCCUGUUGCUGAUGCUGGGGAGCCGAAUUCAUCAUGGAGCUGGUGCCGCGGGUCCCUUCUGCCCCUCGGUGGCCGCUGCUGCUGCCGCUGCUCCUGGGCCUCAGCGCAGGAGCUGCCAUUGACUGGCCUACGGAGGAGGGCAAGGAAGCCUGGGAUUAUGUAACUGUCCGAAAAGAUGCGCACAUGUUUUGGUGGCUCUAUUAUUCCACCAACCCUUGCAAGAACUUCUCAGAACUGCCCCUGGUCAUGUGGCUUCAGGGUGGUCCAGGCGGUUCCAGCACUGGAUUCGGCAACUUUGAGGAAAUUGGGCCCCUCAGCAGUAAUCUCAAACCACGAAAUACCACCUGGCUUCAGUCUGCCAGUCUCCUGUUUGUGGAUAAUCCCGUGGGCACUGGCUUCAGUUAUGUGAAUGACAGCAAUGCAUAUGCAAAGGACCUGGCUACAGUGGCAUCAGACAUGAUGGUUCUUUUGAAAGCCUUCUUCAGUUCCCACAAGGACUUCCAGACUGUUCCAUUCUACAUUUUCUCCGAGUCCUAUGGAGGAAAAAUGGCUGCUGGCAUUAGUCUGGAACUUUACAAGGCUGUUCAGCAAGGAACCAUCAAGUGCAACUUUUCUGGAGUUGCUCUAGGCGAUUCCUGGAUUUCCCCUGUUGAUUCGGUGAUGUCCUGGGGACCUUACCUGUACAGCAUGUCUCUUCUCGAUGACAAAGGCUUGGCGGAGGUAUCUAACGUUGCAGAGCGAGUCCUGGAUGCUAUAAAUAAGGAGCAGUACAAGGAGGCCACCCAGCUGUGGGAGGAGGCUGAAAUGGUCAUUGAGAAGAACACAGAUGGGGUAAACUUCUAUAACAUCUUAACUAAAAGCACACCCACGUCUGCUAUGGAAUCAGGCCUAGAAUUCCUGCGAAGCCACUUAGUUCGGCUUUGUCAACGCCACGUGAGACACCUAGAAGGAGAUACCUUAAGUCAGCUCAUGAACGGUCCCAUCAGAAAGAAGCUUAAAAUCAUUCCUGAGGACAUCUCCUGGGGAGCCCAGUCUCCUAAAGUAUUCAUGAACAUGGAAGAGGACUUCAUGAAGCCAGUUGUCAGCAUUGUGGACGAGUUGCUGGAAGCUGGGGUCAAUGUGACCGUGUAUAAUGGGCAGCUUGAUCUCAUUGUGGACACCAUGGGUCAGGAGGCCUGGCUGCGGAAGCUAACGUGGCCAGGGUUAUCCAAAUUCAGCCAGCUGAAGUGGAAGGCCCUCUACAGCAACCCUAAAUCCUUAGAAACGUCUGCGUUUGUGAAGGCCUACAAGAAUCUGGCUUUCUACUGGAUUCUAAGAGCUGGUCAUAUGGUUCCUUCGGACCAAGGGGACAUGGCUUUGAAGAUGAUGAGGCUAGUGACUCAGCAGGAGUAGGAAGCCCUGGGCCAAGAUGAGCUGCGCCGGGGGACACAGAAGUGGAGCUGAAGAGAUGCUGUUGCUGUAGGAAGUUCACUCUUGCCUGCAUCUAAGUGGGCUGGCAUUGUGCGGGGCUCCUGCUGACUCUCACAGGGAGAUAAGAUCAUGGCCUUGUGGGAGCUUGGACGUCAUGUCUGCUUCUUAAAAAAAAAAAGUCUAAGUUUUUAAACUAUGGGUAUGUUUUCAUCCAAACAAAGGGUUGUCAUAGAUUGAUUUUUUUUUCCUAUUGCAAAAGCAAAUCAAUCAUGUGAUUUAUAAGAAAACAGUGGGCAUAAACCAAAAACCAAAUAAAUUCCCAUAUACACCCUUCCUAGGGAUAAACACUGUGGCUAACUAAAUGUCUAGCCAUGCAGGCCUUGCUUAGCUAUGUAUACAUGUAUAUUUUUACAGAAAUGGAACCAUUCAGUAUGUCAUUUUAAGUGUCUACUUUGCUCAUGUUGCAGUAUGUCCUGAAAACCCUUUCAUGUCAAUAAAUGUUCCUCUGUAAGAUUUUUAA